UUCAUUGCACCGUUGAGUAUAAUCUCGAAGACCAUGCUCAUCCACGCUUUCACGCGUUAUUACAUGGGUGAGCCUGACAUUCCAUCACGCAAAAUCAAUGACUGUAGCAUUUCCACACCUGAAACGUGGACUUGGACUCAAGAGAGAAACAACAAGAUCACGGCUUCUCGUGACUCCACAGAAGAAGUGUUGUGCUGUAGAAGUCCAUGUGAUGCUGGCUGGCCAGUUUGGAGCCAUCAGCAUGGAGCCAUCCAGCAGAGGGAAGUCAUUGUUUUGUAACAAGUUGCUGUCAUCAGGAUCAACACUGUAAUUCAUCACAAGAAGCAUGUGUGUGUGUGUGUGUGUGUAGGAGGAAACGAGACAAGACAAAACAUACAAUUGUCCUGAGAAACAUUGAAUUUUGUGGUAAAAUCUUUUACAUGGAAUGAAGGCGACCAAUUCAAUCACAUGCUCUAUCUGCAGGAGAGGAAACAAGGUCACGUCAUGUCCCAUUACCCGGAGAGGUCUUCCUCCUUUUAGUACUUUCCCCACAGCCUCCCGAGAGUGUCAGACGACAGGCCAUUAAAACCCUGUUGAAACACCACUGAUACUGUCAGAAGGAGGGCAGCAGACGUGAGGAGAAGCGAGGCUCCACCUAAGGAUGCCGGGGAGACGGAAAGUGGGAAGCAGCACAUAAAGGUUGACUUGAUAGGAUGCGUACGUGUUGGGAAUAUGAGCAGGAGGGUCAGGAGAGGAGUGGGAGACACGGUGAUGCUGCGCCGGCUAAUGCAAAGUGACACGGUGUAUUCGUAAGAGUGGGAAGAUGCAUGCGAGGUGUGUUGGAGGCGUCUCAAAGGAAGCCAUGCUGGGUCUUCGCGUCACGUUGCUCGUCGUCGGCCUCCUUGGUGCUUCUUGGCGAGUGGACGUUUUUGCAGAUAAACACGGAGGAAGCCGUGAUGGACUCGCCCAGACACCGGAAUCCCAGCCUGCAGAUCACCAUGACGACAGCUUUGGAUACAAAGGGUCUCGUCUUCGCCAGGAAGACUCCCCUCCCCGCAUCGUCGAGCACCCCUCUGACCUCAUUGUGUCCAAGGGGGAACCCGCCACUCUCAACUGUAAGGCUGAGGGCCGCCCGCCCCCCACGGUGGAAUGGUACAAGGACGGGGAGCGUGUCGAGACGGUCCGCGACAACCCCCGCUCGCACCGCAUGCUGCUGCCCACCGGGUCCCUCUUCUUCCUGCGCAUUGUCCACGGACGGAGGAGCAAGCCGGACGAUGGCAGCUACGUGUGCGUGGCCCGCAACUAUCUGGGACAGGCUGUCAGUCACAAUGCAUCGCUGGAAGUAGCCAUUUUACGUGACGACUUCAGACAAAACCCAGUAGAUGUCAUGGUCGCUGUGGGUGAGCCUGCUGUGCUGGAGUGCCAGCCCCCCCGUGGUCAUCCCGAGCCCACCAUCUCCUGGAGGAAAAACGGUUUGAGCUUAAAUGACAGAGAGGAACGCAUCACAAUCCGCAGCGGCAAGCUGAUGAUCACCAACACCAGGAAGAGCGACGCGGGAAAAUACAUCUGUGUCGGCACCAACAUGGUGGGGGAGAGGGAGAGCGAAAUCGCCGAGCUCACCGUGCUGGAGCGCCCGACCUUCCUAAAGCGGCCCAGCAGCACUGUGGUGUUGGCAGACGGGAGUGUGGAGUUCCACUGUGCGGUCCAAGGUGAUCCUGUUCCCACAGUCCGCUGGAGGAAAGAGGAUUCUGACCUGCCGAGGGGCAGAUAUGAAAUCCUAGAGGACCACACCUUGAUUGUUCGCCAGGUGAUCUCCUCAGAUGAGGGCUCCUACACGUGUGUGGUGGAGAACAUGGUUGGGAAAUCUGAAGCGACUGCAACUCUCACCGUUCAUGUGCCACCAGCGUUUGCCUUGCGCCCCAAGAACCAGGUGGCAGCAGUAGGCAGGACUGUCACCUUCCAGUGUGAAGCCAGCGGCAACCCGCAGCCUGCCAUCUUCUGGCAAAGGGAGGGCAGUGAGAGUCUGUUGUUCUCGGCGCCGCAGCCCUUCAGCCGCGUGUCUGUCUCCCAGACGGGCAGCUUGACCAUCACCGAUGUUCAGCAUUCUGAUGGUGGCCUCUACAGCUGCCAGGCUCUCAACAUCGCUGGCAGCGUUAUUACCAAAGCUCUGUUGGAGGUUACGGACACGGGCUCGGAACAGCCUCCCCCUGUAAUUAGACAGGGCCCAGUCAAUCAGACGGUUCCUGUGGACAGCACCGUGGCGUUGAGUUGCCACACAUCUGGCACGCCUCCUCCUACGGUCCACUGGAAGAAGGACGGUGCGGUGCUGUCACCGUCGGACUCUCGUAUGUCCAUAGCAGAAAGCGGGUCAUUGGAGAUUCGCUACACAAAGCUCGGAGAUACCGGCUUCUAUACUUGUGUUGCUUCCGGUCCCAAUGGAGAGGCAUCCUGGACCGCACACUUACAAGUGGAGGAGUUUGGGGUCAUUGUCCAGACCAGUCUACCUUCAGGCCCCGACGUGAUUCCUGGUGCCCCGACCAAACCGGACGUUACUGACAUCAGCCCCAGUUCUGUCACUCUCUCAUGGAAAUCCAGCCCCAAUGGAGGUGCCCCGCCCACGUCGUACCUCAUUGAGGCAUUCAGUCAUGCGUUAGGAAGCAGAUGGGUGACGCUAGCUGACCACGUGAAGACGCAGACCUUUGUCCUGAACAACUUGAAGGCUGGGACUGUCUACCUGUUUAUGAUCAGGGCGGUCAAUGAAUAUGGCCUUAGUGACCCCAGCACCAUCUCCGAUUCAGUCCGAACACUCGACAGCACUUCCACUGUGCAGGGAACGGAUCCUCGUCACAUCCAGAGGGAGUUGGGGGACGUGCUGGUCCACCUAAACACGCCCAUUGUCCUGUCGUCCUCUGCAGUCCGGGUACACUGGUUGGUGGAGCGUCAGUCGCCGUACAUCCAGGGCUACAAGCUGCUCUAUCGGCCCUCUGCUGAGCACGGCCAGCCCGAGGGGCAGUGGAGCGUCCUGGAGGUCCGCGCCCCGCAGAAGGACGGCGUGGUGAUCAGUCAGCUCAAGAGGGGCGCCAUCUACGAGUUCAAAGUGCGGCCCUUUUUUGACGAGUUUCAGGGCGCCGACAGCGAGGUCAAGGUGAUCAGAACGCUGGAAGAAGCCCCCAGAAGAGCACCCCAGGAUGUUACAGUAACAAAGAGGGACACCAACGGCACUGCAGUCCUCAUAUCAUGGAAAGCACCGCCCAUCCCAGAUGAGGCUGGGGUCAUCCAGGAGUACAAGAUCUGGUGCCUGGGUAAUGAGACCCGCUAUCACGUCAACCAGUCGGUCGACGGCUCCACCUUCUCUUUGCUUGUUCCCGCUUUGGCACCGGGGAUUCGCUACAGCGUGGAAGUCGCCGCUAGCAACGGUGCCGGACCCGGGGUCAAGAGUGAGGUCGUAUUCUUCCAGUUAGACUCUGCUGGCCAAAUGAUGGAUCUGAGUGGAGAGAAGGACACGCUGUCACACAUUUCUCACGUGCUCAAGCAGCCAGCAUUUAUUGCAGGCAUUGGCGCCACCUGCUGGCUGGUUCUUAUGAUUUUCAGCGUGUGGCUGUACCGACACCGGAAGAAGAGAAGCGGCCUCAGCAGCACAUACACCGGCAUCCGGAAAGUGCCAUCGUUCACCUUCACACCAACAGUUGCUUAUCAAAGAGGCGAAUCUGCGUGCAACGCUGGGAGGCCUGGCCUCCUCGGCGCCGGUGAGCCUCUGAACCAGCUGUGGCUGCCGGAUAAUUGGCCGAGCGCGUGCGCCAAUCACAAGGACUGCGCCAUCAACUGCUGCAGCAACGCCAACGGCACCAGCGACAGCAACAUGACCGCCUACAGCCGACCAGCCGACUGCAUUGCUAACUACGGGAAGCACCCGGACAGCAAACACGGCUCCGAGGCGGCCAUUUACACCGACGUCAACCUCUCCGACAAGCUCAGCGACAUCAAGAUGUGCAACGGUUCCAACGUGUGCUACGCCAGCCCGGGAGGCGAGUCGUCAGACGCGUACGAGCCCAUCCCUUACGCCACCACCCAGCUCAUCCAGGCCAGCAUCACCAACAAGACGCACGCGUUGGACGCCAUGGACGUGCCCUGCUGGAACCAGCCCCCGAACCCGCCCCCGCUCCCAAAAGAGAUGGCUGCUCAGAUGCAAUACAACAUCAUGGAGCAGAACCAGCUCAGCAAGGGUAAGGAUGGCAUCCAGAGGGUUGAACCGCACGCGGCUCUGUCUUCAGAUCACGCACAAGGAGCCGACGGCUCGGCCCAUCACAGGAGCGUCCCCUACAACCAGAACCAGCGAGAUCACAGCACGGGAGGCAGCAGCAGCAGCACCUCGGGAAGUCAAAGCCAGAAGAAAGGCCCGCGGGCCAUGAAGACGCCAAAACACACGGCGGUAAGCUGGGGAGACGCUCUGGCUCCUCCUCAUGCCGUUGCCUGGAACGGCGAUGAGUAUAGCCUCCCCAUGGAGAAAAGUUUUGAUGCAGAGAAGAGAACAGAAAGCUGCCCGACUCCACCAAUUAGAGGGGCGGUCUCCUCCCCCACCAAGGUGCCCUUUGGUCACCAAGCUAGCACACAAGCGCGGGGAGUCGUGAGCAACGGUGUGCAUGAUGGAAGCGACAACCUGAGCUCCGUACCCCUGUGCCUGGACACUGACGGACAAGACGACGAGGAUGCAGAGGAGGAGAUAGCGCUUCAUGAAAACCGCUACCAUCGCCACCAAAACCAACAGCACAAACACAAGUUGCACCACAACUCCCCACACAAGCUGCUUCUCCACAGGCUGGAACAGACCCCCGCCUCCAGCACAGGGGAGCUGGACAGAUCGGUCACGGGGUCCAUGGUCAACAGCUGGGGCUCGGCCUCCGAGGAUAACAUCUCCUCAGGCAGGUCCAGCAUUGUCAGCACCUCAGAAGGAUCUUUCUUCACAGAUGGCGACUUCAACCAGGCAGAAGGUCUGCGUGUGUGCAGAUACCCCGAGGAAUCAGGUCAGAGACACCAGCGACCGAGCAGUCCAAUGUCCACAGACAGCAAUAUGAGUCCUGCCAUCACACAGAAACGACCCAGGCGGCACAAACAGAGUCAAUGUGGGCAACAAGGCUACCAGCCCAAAGAUGUCUUUAAUGACGACUCUUUCAUGCCUCUCAAUUUCCCCAGUCAAAUGUCCCAAAGCAACUUUAAAGUCAGGGGGGCCACGUUGCCCCGGAUGGGGUCCGGAGAGGCCCGGGGCCGACGAGGCAGCACCGGGACUCACCGUGUCAGAGAGGCUCCAUUUGAAGAUGGCGAAAUCCAGGACAGUCACAAGAUGCUAGCAAGGGGAAAAGGAGGCAGCAAAAGCAAACAGCAGCCAGAAUUUGGGGAUAUUCUUCUGUACAGUCGUCCCUCUUUCCCAUCGGGUCCAGCUCAAAGGGAGCCUGAUGAUUCGGAUGCAUCCAGCUUCAUACCGUGCCAAGACACAAGGACCAAACAGGGAAGACAGGAAGACUACAUGGGAAUAGAUGAGUUCCUGAGGAGUUGAGAAUCCAAGCGACGGCAAACACCCUACAGCUGCUUCACUGAAGGACUUGGGGAAAAAAAUGACUAAAAAUACCGCACAAUAAAUGCUGUGGUUUUUUCUACAUUCUAUUUCUCACUCAAUGUUGGUAAAAAAAGAAAAAGUGCUCAUGUUGAAGUCGGUGGAGUGUUCGUGGGUGAGCGUGUGAAAUGGGCCUGAGCAAACGGGUGGCCCGAUGAGGGAAGAUGAAUGCACACUUUACGGCUGGUGUGAGCGUCUUACCCAAAUAUUGUACAUGACGACCGUCUCUCAUGUGUUCCUCAAACGCUCGAGUCAUUUCCAGACAUCUUGUAAAUUGUUUACUGCCACAGAAGUGCUUCAAAUUGAAAUUUGAUGUGACAGUGUUAAUGUUUUAUGAGUGGUGUACACCUUUGUCCUUGUAUGCUUUGUUCUACUUUGGUUCUAAAAGCACAAUCACUUCUUAGUAGUGUUCUAAAUGUAUGGACUUCAUGGCGGUACUGUGGAAUUCAUUUGUUCAUUUCACUUCACUCUGAGAACAUGAAUGUUGAUCUUGAUUGUGCAAACGGUUCCGUGCAUUUUGAGCUGCUUUCAUUCAAAAUGGCGAUAUGUUUUGUGUACUGAGAGAAUUGCAUGCACAUUUUCCUGUUGGAGAUGUUACUCAAACCUUUACUGUCACCUCCGCCUGGGGGGGAGAUUCUGAUUGUUUUCCUUUUUUUUGGUCUGCCCUUGAGUACAUUUGAUCGACUUGACUCGUCACGUCACCUUGGCAACAACUUCAGAGUUGAACGCGACAGACGUAAGGGAAAAGUGCACUUUUUUGGGGGGGUGGGGGGGAUUUUUCCCUUCAGCCACAAUCCUUAUGUGAGACAUGAGCACGUGUCUUUCUCUUUUCUGGGUUCUAAAG